AUGGGGCGAAGAAUAAUACCAUUAAAGGGAAAGCGCCGUCGUCCAGGCUUGCCGCACCCACCAGCACCUCCGCCGAGGCUCCACCUCAAAGGAGACAUUGCGAGGACUGUUGGAGUAAUUAGGCUGCUAUUGGAGACACCUUCUGGUUUCGGAAUUUUCUCAUUUGAUGGGACCUACCUGAAGAAAGAUAAUGAGCUUGUUUCCAAUCUGAAAGGAGUCAUCUGGCUUAAAGAAUUUAUAAGGUUUGAGAACAAGUCUACUGCUAUUAACCUUGAAACGGGGGUUAUUCAUGUUGAUCUGAUCAAUAUGCUGAAGAAGUGGUGCGACUCUGAGGAGAAACUAGCUGUUGGAAGGGCUGAAUAUAAAAUGAUAAUUGAAAGGAAGAUGGAAAUCACCUGUCUGUAUGAUCAAAAUGUAGAGGAGGUGAUGUGGGGUCUGAAGAAUAACAUGCAAUUUUUAGUGCCUCAAGAAAAAACAAAGCUGACUGAGAAGGAUUGUGUCCCCAUCAGCAAAGGACUUGAGCGGUUCUUAAUUCAGUAUAAAAUUGAUAUGAACCCAGAGAUGGUUAAUGUGCAUGUUGCUCAGCAGGCUGGCAUUAUCCAUCGUACUGAUUUAGCAUUAAAGAAGCACUCUGCAUUCUUUAAACUUGUUGGUGAAUCUCUUAAGAGUAUAUCAGACAUUGACAAUGAUUACAUUAGUGCAAAUAAUGUGGACAAAGGAGAUGGAAGGAGUACAACUAAAGAGAUGAAGGAGAUUCUUGGUGAAAGGAGAGUAUGA